ACUUCUGAGCAAAGUUUGGCACAGACUUCACCCGCCGCCGUGGUGCCCGGAGGAUGGGCAGGGUCCCACUGGCCUGGUGCUUGGCGCUGUGUUGCUGGGGGUGCCUGGCCCCCAGGGGCACGCAGGCAGAAGAGGAGUAUCUCUUUGUGAGGAGUCCGGGCAACAUCACCCGCGCCCGGGGACUCACGGGGACCCUGAGGUGCGAGCUCCGGCUCCAGGGCGAGCCUCCCGAGGUGACCUGGUUGCGGGAUGGACAGAUCCUGGAGUUGGCGGACAGCACCCAGACACAAGUGCCCCUGGGCGAAGACAGCGAGGAUGACUGGAAAGUGGUCAGCCAGCUCAGAAUCUCUUCUCUGCAGUUGUCGGACGCGGGGUGGUACCAGUGUGCGGUGGUCCUGGGCGGACAGACAUUCAUGUCCGAGGCUGGCUAUGUGGGGCUGGAAGGCCUGCCAUACUUCCUGGAGGAGCCGGAGGACCGAGCUGUGUCUGCCGACACCCCCUUCAACCUGAGCUGCCGGGCCCAAGGACCCCCAGAUCCCGUGAAGCUACUCUGGCUCCAGGAUGCAGUAUCUUUGGCCCCGGCCCCAGGCCAGGGCCCCCAGGACAGCCUGCACAUUCUGGGUCUGAACAGGACGUCCUCCUUCUCCUGCGAAGCCCAUAACUCCAAAGGGGUCACCACGUCCCGCACGGCCACCAUCACAGUGAUCCCGCAGCGGCCCCACGACCUCCACCUGGUUUCUCGCUGGCCCACAGAGCUGGAGGUGGCUUGGACGCCAGGCUUGAGUGGCAUCUACCCCCUCACCCACUGCACCCUGCAGGCGGUGCUGUCAGACGAUGGGGUGGGCAUCUGGCCAGGCGAGCUAGAGCCCCCAGAGGAGCCCCUCAACUUGCAAGCAGCCGUGCCCCCUCACCAGCUUCGUCUGGGCAGCCUUCAUCCUCACACCUCUUACCACAUCCGGGUGUCAUGCACCAGCAGCCAGGGUCCCUCUCCCUGGACCCACUGGCUCCCUGUGGAGACGACAGAGGGAGUGCCCCUGGGGCCACCCGAGAACAUUAGCGCCGUGCGGAAUGGAAGCCAGGCUCUCGUGCGUUGGCAAGAACCAAGGGCACCCCUGCAGGGUACCCUGUUGGGGUACCGGUUGGCGUAUCGAAGCCAGGACACCCCUGAGGUGCUUUUGGACAUAGGUCUCAGGCAAGAAGUGACCCUGGAGCUGCGGAGGGACGUGCCUGUGCCCAACCUGACGGUGUGUGUGGCGGCCUACACUGCAGCUGGGGACGGUCCCUGGAGCCUCCCUGUGCCCUUGGAGCCCUGGCGCCCAGGGCAAGGACAGCCAGUCCACCAGCUGGUGAGUGAGCCCCCAGCUCCCGCCUUCUCGUGGCCCUGGUGGUAUGUGCUGUUGGGGGCAGUGGUGGCUGCUGCUUGCGUUCUCAUCCUGGCCCUCUUCUUCAUGCACCAGCGGAAGAAGGAGACUCGUUACGGAGAGGUGUUUGAGCCAACAGUGGAGCGGGGUGAACUGGUGGUCAGAUAUCGUGUCCGUAAAUCCUACAGUCGCCGGACUACAGAAGCUACCUUGAACAGCCUGGGCAUCAGUGAAGAGUUGAAGGAGAAACUACGGGAUGUGAUGGUGGACCGACACAAGGUGGCCCUGGGCAAGACUCUGGGAGAAGGGGAGUUUGGAGCUGUGAUGGAAGGUCAGCUCAACCAGGAUGACUCAGUCCUCAAGGUGGCUGUGAAGACGAUGAAGAUUGCGAUCUGCACGAGGUCGGAACUGGAGGACUUCCUGAGUGAAGCUGUGUGCAUGAAGGAAUUUGACCACCCCAACGUCAUGAGGCUCCUUGGCGUCUGUUUCCAGGGUUCCGAACGAGAAGGCUUUCCGGCCCCUGUGGUCAUCUUACCAUUCAUGAAACAUGGAGACCUCCACAGCUUCCUCCUCUACUCACGGCUCGGGGACCAGCCCAUGUUCCUCCCCACGCAGAUGCUGGUGAAGUUCAUGGCCGACAUCGCCAGUGGCAUGGAGUACCUGAGUACUAAACGCUUCAUCCACCGGGACCUGGCUGCCAGGAAUUGCAUGCUGAAUGAGAACAUGUCAGUGUGCGUGGCCGACUUCGGGCUCUCCAAGAAGAUCUACAACGGGGAUUACUACCGCCAGGGCCGCAUUGCCAAGAUGCCCGUCAAGUGGAUCGCGAUUGAGAGCCUGGCUGACCGCGUCUACACCAGCAAGAGCGAUGUGUGGUCCUUCGGAGUGACCAUGUGGGAGAUUGCCACACGGGGCCAAACGCCAUACCCCGGCGUGGAGAACAGCGAGAUCUACGACUACCUGCGCCAGGGACACCGCCUGAAACAGCCCGCGGACUGUCUGGAUGGACUGUAUGCUCUGAUGUCCCGGUGCUGGGAGCUGAACCCUCGGGACCGGCCGAGUUUCGCAGAGCUGCGGGAAGACCUGGAGAAUGCACUGAAGGCCCUGCCCCCUGCCCAGGAACCUGACGAAAUCCUCUAUGUCAACAUGGAUGAGGGCAGCGGACCCCCUGAACCCUGUGGGGCUGCCGGAGGAGCAGAGCUGCAAGCCCAACCGGACCCCAAGGAGUCCUGUAGUUGCCUGACGGCAGCCGAGGUCCAUCCUGCUGGCCGCUAUGUCCUCUGCCCUUCCACGGCCCCUGGCCCUGCUCCACCUGCCGGUGACUGGUGUUCCCAGACACCCCCGGGGCAGGAGGAUGCAUCCUGAGACGACCCUCCACCCGGAACUUCCUCUCAGGAUCCAAGCUAGGCACUGCCACUAGGGGAAUCCCAUUCCCCACUGCCCCAGCCUGGGCCUGUCCCCGUGCUGCCCCGUCUUCCUGCCCGUUCCACCUGCAUCCCACACAGAUCCUUGCCGUCUCCACACCACAGCAUCCCCAUGGGUACCAGGAAGGGGCUGGACUGCCAUCUCUGAGGGACUCCCAGGUCUGCGCCCUCAGGAUGAAGGAGGCCCUGGGUUUCAGAGAUGCUCUGAGUAGCUGGGUCUGAGGACCCGGAAUCCCAACCUGUCUGACUCGGAAGCAUUGAAGUUCUCAGCAAAGAAGGUUCCAGGCUCUGAGGCUUCGUGGUUCUUGAUUAUCUGGUCCAAAGAUCCCUGAGAAGGCCUCAGGGGGUUGGGUCCUAGAGCUCUGAUUCCAGAUUGUACUGUUCUAGGGAUGAGUCCUUGGCGUGUGUGUGUGUAAAGUCUUUGAUUCUAGACAUGAGUGAGGUAAGGCCUCCUCAGUUCUAGAAAUCAGACAUCCCCAGGCUUUUGAAUCUAAAUCCUCUAGUCACAAGUGUCUAGAUCCUGCAGCUUCAAAACUUUGUCUUGGCAAAGGUUAUAAUCCUAAUAGUGGUACUCCAUGUUGCAGGCUCUGGGUUCCUAAAUUCUGUGAGAUUUUAGAGCCUAUGUGUCUGCAAUUCCAGAAGCUGCAGUUCAAAAGUUCUAAAGGCGCAAAGUUUGCGGGCGAAGGUCCUGAGAGAAGACAUUCUGUGACUUAGUCUCAGAACCUAAGAGCCUGGAUUGUACGCUCCUAGAUGCUGGGUUAUUAACUCCUGGGGUUCUGAUGUUGGUCCCUCCUGUGUCUCGAGGCACUGUGCAGCCUGCUGGUCCGAGAUUCAGGAUCCUAAAAUCUCGAGGUACAAGAGUUAGUUGUGACUAACUAGAUACCAAAGUUCUAAUUCUUUCUAAUGUCGGACACCUCUAGAUUCCAUGUGCAUUCUGCCUUCCUGGGAGUAUUGUCCAGGUCUAAAAUGUUAAAAGUUCCAGGGACUGUAGUUCUGAGAGCCACACGUUCUCUGACUUGCAAAGUCAAGUCUAGUAUAUUAGGUACGAGUUCAAGGUUCUGAUCUCAUUAGAGUGCUUCUGCACACUCCUACCCUUCUUUGGCACUUACUGCACUUCCCCUGCCCUCCCGUGGGGGAGGUCCCCCAUCUCCCACCCCCAGCCUGUGCAAUGCAUUAGGGAGGCCUUCCUUUUCCCCAAGGGAUGGGCCAUCUCCCUACUUCUGGGCCGUGCUGCCCCCUUGAGCCAGUCCCUCCUCCCCGGUGUACAGCGUGGUGGUCUUUGGGGCUCAGAUUACAUAAAACUUUGG